CUUUUCUUUCAAUCAGGGAUUUCGGAACCCUAAUCGUCCAUGGACUCAUUGCGUAGAACCCUAGAAGUUAUAUAUUUACCCUAAUCGAUAUAGAGAUCAAGUAUCUAUCUGGAAAGUUGUAUUUGCGAUAGAGAUCAAGUUGUAUCUGGAAAGUCUUGAAUGAUGGAGCGUCCUACUACAAUUGAGGUAGCUGAGGCUGCAAUAGCGGUCUAUUGGGACAUGAAGAUGUGUCCGGUUCCCGAUGGCUAUGAUGCUCGUCGUGUGGGUCCGUUUAUUGAAUGGAAUUUGAGGCAGUUAGGCUACACUGGUCCUAUCACCAUCACUGCUGUUGGCUUACUAUCAGAUGUCCCUGAACAGAUCCUUGAAGCGCUCUUUUCCUCUGGAGUCUCUCUUUCUAACGUCCCCUACGGUACCAGAGACGUGGCAACGCUUGUCUUGUUUCGUACUUUCGAUUUGCCACCUCCAGCUAGUUUCAUGGUCAUAUCCCAUCCAGAAGAUGCCGCUUUAUUUCUUGACUUGGUAAGUGAGAGAGGAUACAACCCUAUUUUCCCGUUUCCACUCAAAGAAGCCGCUGCUCAUCUAGAAGAUGAUGAUGGAAAGCCCCUCUGGGAAAACUUUCUUCGGGCAGAGCCUCCUGAGGAGGAUAAGUGCAGUGAAACGGGUCAAUCCUGGGUUUGCCGUGUGUGCCAUGGAGUUACUGGCCGAGACUUUCAAAGUUUUAUCACUCAUCUCUCUACUCCAAAACAUAUUUGGGAGUUUCCGCGCUGGCAUACCUAUGCUACUAGCGGCAACCAAAUCCCCUGAGUAGGCUCGGACGAAUCGGAGGAUGCUGUUGAAGCCAGUGUUGAGGCUCCCCUUGAUUCUUAUCCCGAGAAUGCUACUAUCAGGGUGAGUGAAGAAUCAACCAAAAGACCUGUUUUAAUAUCUAUCUGAAAGCGUUGAGAUAUCUAAUCUUUCGAGUUCUGGGGUUUUCUUUAUGAAAACUAAUACAUUGUAAGCUUUGUA